AUGUUAUGCCAGCAUAUUGGUAGCAGAAACCAAGCAAAGGCUUGCAUAAUCUUACGGCAGAUUGAAAGUAGAUUGAGAGCAGAACUUGAUUCAAGCAGACUUGUUCGGUUUCUGCCACCAAUCUGCUGGCAUAGCCUGUCAACAGGCUUUGUCGACAAAUCCUAUUCAAAUGCGGACACAGAUGGCUAUGGUUUUAUAAAUGAUGAUUGGUUCCACAUGGAGCAUCGAUCCGUGGCGAAGAGGUCGACGGAACCACAUCUCGAAAUGCACCAAAGGCUAAUGAAUGACUUCAGAGUACGUCGAGCGGAGCAACAGCGGGCAAAAUCGCGUACUAAAAGGGAUCUUAUAAUCAAACGUCCGUCCAAUAUACUAACCAUGCUAAACGAUGAGAGGUGGCCUCAGAUGUGGUAUUUGAAUAGGGGAAAAGGGUUAGACAUGAACGUGCAAGGUGCUUGGGCUGAGGGAAUUACUGGAAAUGGCGUCGUGGUCACAAUUCUUGACGAUGGAUUAGAGAAAGAUCAUCCCGAUCUUUUCAAAAAUUAUGAUCCUCAGGCUAGUUACGACGUCAACAGUCACGAUGAAGAUCCCAUGCCAAGGUACGAUCUCGUAGAUAGUAAUCGACACGGCACCAGGUGUGCUGGAGAGGUCGCAGCCACUGCCAACAAUUCUCUUUGCGCUGUAGGUGUUGCUUUCGGAGCUGGCGUAGGUGGUGUUCGAAUGCUGGAUGGCGACGUAACAGAUGCCGUCGAAGCAAGAUCUUUGAGCCUUAAUCCUCAACACAUCGAUAUUUAUAGCGCCUCGUGGGGACCGGAUGACGAUGGCAAGACUGUAGACGGUCCUGGUGAACUGGCCACCAGAGCUUUCAUCGAGGGAAUUACCAAAGGUCGCAACGGUAAAGGUUCGAUCUUCGUGUGGGCGUCCGGGAACGGCGGCCGAGACCAUGAUAACUGCAAUUGUGACGGCUAUACCAAUAGUAUCUGGACGCUGUCGAUCAGUAGUGCGACAGAGAACGGCCUUGUGCCCUGGUACAGCGAGGCAUGCUCGUCCACUCUCGCCACCACAUACAGCUCGGGUUCUACCGGAGAGAAGCAAGUCGUCACUACGGAUCUACAUCAUCACUGUACCAGUAGCCACACCGGCACCUCCGCAUCGGCGCCGUUAGCGGCCGGCAUUUGCGCCCUUGCUUUAGAAGCAAACAGAGAUCUUACUUGGAGGGACAUGCAACACAUCGUAGUCAGGACAGCCAAACCUGCGAAUCUGCAAGCACCAGAUUGGGUAGUCAACGGUGUCGGUAGAAAUG